AGGGCCAAUAGGCGCGCACUGAAACUUUAGGUUAGGCUGUAUUGCGGUGUGUCUGUCGGCAGGCUAUCUUAAAUAUUUAUUUUUGCCAGUAACUGUCAUAAUAUGAUUCGAUCCACAGUCAGGGAGAUCCUACGGUUGCAGACCGUCCGGUAUUACUCAGGAGGGCUCAGAUCUGUUUAUCAUAAAACUUUAGACAAUGUCGAGCAGAUCCUGCCGACGAAGUUAAGACCACUCUACAAUCAUCCAGCAGGUCCAAAGACAGUCUUCUUCUGGGCUCCAUGGGUUAAAUGGGGAUUGGUAAUUGCUGGCAUUUCUGACUUCACUCGCCCUGCAGAGAAACUCAGCACCUAUCAGUCUGCUGUGCUAACAACCACAGGCUUCAUCUGGGCACGCUACUCCUUGGUUAUCAUCCCACGAGUCUGGAACCUCUUUGCUGUAAAUUCUUUCCUUGGCCUUGCUGGAUCAUUUCAACUCUUCAGGAUUUGGAGAUAUAAUCAAGGACUAAAGCAGAACUAGAACAACCAGAUCCGUGAUGAACCAAAGACUUCAUUAGAAAUGAAAAAAUAAUAAUAAUAUUUGUGUGAUUAAGAGCAUACAUUCUCCAUUAAAACAUUUUUCUCUCAAACUGUUCUCCAAAAAAUCACUUCAGUGUAUGGAGAACCUGACUGAGUAUGUUCAGAAGCACACUUUGAAAAUACCAACAGGCUUACUUAAACGUGUAGUUUGGUGCCUUGUGUAUUCCUGAUCGACCUUCCAUUUCCACAAUUUUGUGAUGUCAUAACAUAGGCCCUGCAUAAUUUCCAUAGCAGGCACACUUUAAGGGCCUAUUUCACGUUGAAAGUCGAGAUAAUAAUAAUUUUGAUGAAAUGUGAUCUAUUACAAUGGAGGAUCAAUGGUGGAUCAAUGUGGUGGAUCAAUUUCGACACACUCCUCCUAGGUGGUUCAUCCGAACUAUAUCAAAAUUAGAGGACAUGAUGUCAAGAUGUUGUUGAUGAUAAAUAGUGAAGGUGUUAAAAUGUGUCGAAAUGGUGGCGCAAUGAAUUUAAAUAGUUCUCUGAAUAAACACAAAAUGUGUCAAAGUCACGAAGCAUUGGC